AUGGAGCGCUCCCACUACUCUCCGCCAUGGGCCAACACGAGCAUCAUUGGCGUUGCCGGCAGCUCGGGUUCCGGCAAGACGUCGCUUGCUCUGGCUAUCAUCAAGCAAAUGAGCCUGCCUUGGGUUGUCAUUCUGUCAAUGGACUCGUUCUAUCGUCCCCUCACUCCGGAUCAGAUUGCCGCUGCGCAUAGAAACGAGUAUGAUUUUGACUCGCCUGAUGCUAUCGACUUUGAUGUUUUGGUUGAAAGACUAAGAGACAUCAAAGAAGGCAAAAAGGCCGAGAUCCCUGUCUAUUCCUUCGAGAAGCAUUCUCGUCUGGACAAGACUACAACGAUCUACUCUCCUCACGUGCUCAUCCUGGAAGGCAUCUUCGCUCUCCAUGAUCAGCGCGUGCUUGAUCUUCUCGAUCUGAGAAUCUUCUGUGAGGCAGACGGAGACCUCUGUCUUUCACGAAGAAUCGUUCGAGAUAUCAAGGAACGUGGUCGUGACAUUGAAGGCUGUAUCAAACAGUGGUUCACUUUUGUCAAACCAAACUUCCACAAGUUUGUGGAACCUCAGCGGAACGUAGCUGACAUUAUCGUUCCUCGCGGCAUUGAAAACAAGGUCGCCAUUGACAUGGUGGCCGAUCGCAUCCACAAGACUUUGGAUAUCAAGUCAGAGGAGCAUCGCGCCGAGUUGAAACGCUUGGGCAAAGAGACCAAGGAUCUUCCUCUCUCACCAAACGUCGCCAUCCUGGACGGCCCUUCGCAAAUCACAGGCAUCAACACUCUCCUCAACCGCAAAGAGACAAGCCGUGAGGACUUUGUCUUUUACUUCGAUCGUCUCGCCGCUCUGCUUGUGGAGCGCGCAACUGAGAACGCCGACUUUGAUCCCGUCACUGUCACCACACCUCCGCCCCACGAUCAUGAGUACAAUGGCUUGCGCAUGACUGGCGAGGUCAGUGCUGUCGUCAUCCUCCGCGGCGGAAGCAUCCUCGAGACUGGUCUCCGACGUGUCAUCCCUGACUGUCGCACUGGUCGCAUGCUCAUCCAAACAUCGUACCGCACCGGCGAGCCCGAGCUGCACUACUUCAAGAUGGCCGGCGACAUCUCCACACACAACAAAGUCUUGCUGUUGGAUCCGCAAAUGUCUAGUGGUGGUGCUGCUCUGAUGGCUGUUCGUGUGUUACUGGAUCACGGUGUGGAGGAGAGCAGGAUUGUCUUCGUCACAUAUAUUGCUGGCAAGAGAGGAUUGAAUAGACUCAUGACUGUCUUUCCUGAUAUUCAUGUUGUCGCCUGCAGGGUUGUUGACGACUAUGAGGAAAGAUGGGUUGAGAAUAGGUAUAUGGGCUGCUAG